AUGAGUGAUUCGAAAGGUUUUCUGCAUUGGCUUUUCUUUAAGAAAUGGCAUCCAGUACCUUCAGUCGGAAGUACUAUUGCCUUGUUUUCAAUAAUUGGUGUGAUUUUCGUGGCUUUGGGAAUAGUGAUAACAGUGAUCAAUAAUAACAUUUAGGAAGUAACGAUCUAUAAAUAUGAUCAAAAAUGUUCACCUGUUGAAUAUAAUAAGAGAUGCAGUUUUACGCAGAAAUUGGAUAACAUGAAAGCUCCAAUUUACUUUUAUUACGAGCUUGAGAAUUUUUAUCAAAAUCAUAGACGAUAUGUGAAGUCCAAAUCAUCAACCUAAUUGUCAGGAGAAGAGAUUUCACUUUCAGAUGCGGAGAAGUAUUGCGACCCCAUCAUUUACAACAAAGACCUGGAGGAAUGGCAAUAGAAUGUGUAUAUAACAGAAACAAAUACUCUUGUUCCAAAGGAACGCCAACCAGACGACAUUGCAAGUCCUUGUGGAUUGGUGGCUAAGAGCUUCUUCAAUGAUACUUAUGCUUUGAGUUUAUAGGGCAAGGAUGUUGAGUUGAAUUAAACGGGAAUCAGUUGGCCCAAUGACAAAGGUAAAAAGUAUAAGCGAGCACCUGAUUCUGAGACCACUCAAUGGAUUGACCCAGAGAAUGAGCAUUUCAUAGUCUGGAUGAGGACUGCAGGACUGCCCACAUUCAGGAAACUGUGGGGACGCAUAGAAUAGGAUAUAGAGGAGGGAGAAUACACGUUCGAAUUCUCAAAUAAUUACAAUCCGCAAAUGUUUGCUGGAGCUAAGAAUAUUGUGCUUUCUACAUCUGGACCUUUUGGAGGGAAGAAUCUGUUUCUUUCGAUUGCCUUCAUUGUUGUGGGGGUAAUUUAAUUGUUGAUAGCUUUGGCAUUCUUAAUUAAAAAAAUAAGAGCUGGACCUUCAUUUGGAUAGAAAAAUGAAUGAUUUUCAUUUGACUGGAUGAUCAAA